GUUAAAUCGCUCUGCAAAAAGUCCUUUUGUAGACUUAUAAAUCAAUAUUAUGCUAAUGCAAAAUUUCAUCAUUGCCGCGAUUCAGUUUACUCCGAUUCGCUGUCAUCUUUUACUCGAUCCUGUGAGUGUACAAUUUUAUUUUUAACUUCAUUUAGUGAGUGAAAACAAGACCACUUAUAUGCUGAUGUCCAUUUUUAUCAUAGCUGUGAUUCAUUCAGCCAUUCACUCACUCAGCCACAAACUCAUUCAGCCACAGACUCACUCAACGACUCGCUCAACCACUCAGCCGCUCACUCACACAGCUAUUCACUCACUCAACCAAUCAUUCAACCACCCACCCACCCACUCACUCACUCAACCACUCACUCAAUUACUUACUCAACCACUCAACCAUCACUCUCUCACUCAUUCAACCAUCACUCUCUCACUCAUCCAUCACGCUCUCACUCACUCAGCCACUUAUUCAGCCAUUCACUCACUCAGCCACACAAUCGCUCAAUGACUCACUCAACCACUCAGCCGCUCACUCACUCAGUUAUUCUCUCACUCAACCACUCAUUCAACCACUCACUCAACCACUCACUCAAUCACUCAACCACUCACUCACUCAGCCACUCACUCAAACAAUCACUCACUCAAUUAUUAACUCAACCACUCACUCACUCAACCACCUACCUACUCGCUCAUCUACCCACUCGCUGACCUUUCCACUAACAUACCCACUUCCCUAUCCACUCACUCACCUACCCACUCGCCUAUUUUAUUUUACCAGGUAAGGCCCACUGAGCUAUAUAGCUUUUUUUCAGAAAUUGCCUUGCGACAAAUGAUAGCCCAAUGAAGUGGCUUAUCACGAUGAAAUGUAAAUAAGCCAAAUACUGUCAAUGCAUAUUUAUAAAUGUGGAGGGCAAAACCAGAGGAUCCGAAGAAAAAUUCACGCAACUCCUCAUAUGUAAGCAUCAGGGUUUGGAUCAAACCUACAACAUCCUGAAUACCGGGCAAAGCAGUGAACAUCUCGUCACCCGGGUCACCCUAAUCCAGGGGUCGGCAACCUACGGCUCCGGAGCCGCAUGCGGCUCUUUACGGGCUGCUUCUUGACGAUAUGCGGGUGUCUCAGAUUGCCAGCACCAUGUGACGGGAGCUCCAGGGCAUGCUGCGUGCUCGCCAGGAGGGGCUGGGCAAGAUGGCGUAGUCGCUGGAGCAGCUGCUUGCGCGGCACCGCCGCUCUCACCCUGACGGAGUACAGCAACACAGUGGGGCGGCACCAGCGGGACACCCUGGACAACGCAGCCAAGACUGUUGCCCCGCUCGCCCGGCUCGUUGAGAGGCUUGCCCACCCCACCGGGCGUUGUUGUGAAGAUACCGCUGGGAGGAAGAAUAUCUCACAAUACUGGAAGAGGUCAGAGGUUUUACCUCUAGAUUCCAAACUCUCCACCAAGGCAAAGACCAAAGAGCUCUCCAAGGAUGUCAGGGACAAGAUUGUAGACCUUCUAAAACCCAACUCUCAAAACCCCCUUACCCUUAAAACCAUAACGGUCUAAACCCAUCACCCUUUAAAAUCCUAACCCAUAAACCCCCAAACCUCUAACCCACUGAACCCUUCACCUAAACCCUUACAGCGAGGGAAAAAAGUAUUUGAUCCCCUGCUGAUUUUGUACGUUUGCCCACUGACAAAGAAAUGAUCAGUCUAUAAUUUUAAUGGUAGGUUAGUUUGAACAGUGAGAGACAGAAUAACAACAACAAAAUCCAGAAAACGCAUAUCAAAAAUGUUAUAAAUUGAUUGGCAUUUAAUGAGGGAAAUAAGUAUUUGACCCCCUCUCAAUCAGAAAGAUUUCUGGC